AUUAUACUAAUAGUAUACGGUCACACAUGGAGCGCACGUUUUGCACUAAAAACAAAUGAAGAAAAAAGUGAAAACAAAAUCCGCAACGCUGCCCGUUGACGUGGAAAGUGAUGAGGAAAUGGUGGCGGAAUCAAGGGAGCUAAAUGACAACACAGAUAAAAACAUUGAGGCAGUCGCCGUUCCCAGCGCAGAUGAUAAUGACGACGACGACGACGAUGAAAUGGAUUUGGCACACUUCAAAGCCGGCGCUAAGGCAAUCGUCCAGCCAAAGAAACGCAAGAAGGGCAUUAUUUAUGUAUCGAACAUACCAAAGCACAUGAAUGUUACGCGUCUGCGUGAAAUUCUCGGUGAAUUUGGCAAAAUCGGACGUGUCUACUUGCAGCCGGAAAAGAAGCCCGGUGGCGAUAAAAAGGCCAAGAAAAAUAAGCGUAAACGCUACAAUAUUCAUUUUACCGAAGGCUGGGUGGAGUUCGAGUCGAAGCGUGUGGCCAAACAGAUCGUGCCGCUGCUUAAUAACAAGCAAAUCUCGACGCGCAAAAAGUCACAGUUCUUCGACUCGCUGUGGAGCAUGAAAUAUUUGCCGCGCUUCAAGUGGGUCCAUCUGACGGAACGCAUGAAUUACGAGCAGGCGGUGCAUAAGCAGCGUCUGCAGACGGAGGUGUCGCAGGCGCGGAAGGAGACGACCUUCUUCCAGAACAAUCUGGACAAGAGCGAACACAUAAAGAAGCUGGCAAAGAGGGCGAAAAAGUUAGCCAACGGUGGCGAGCAGGAGGCGUAGUAGCAGCAGUUUAAUUAUACCUGGUUUUUUUUUAUUAUUAA